UCGAUACCGACACACGACUCUUGCCAAGGAGGAUGAGAUGCUAGAGGUAAAACAGAGGGAGAAGGUGGAGGGCAGGACAGAGGAAGAGGAAACAGCCAGAGCAGACGACAGUCGCCAUGACGAGUCAGCAGACGACAGUCGCCAUGACGAGUCAGCAGACGACAUGUACGAGGAAAUCUACGUGUCCAAAAUCUGGAGGAAUGUCAAUGACUCCAAGGCCCAACUUCCAUCCGUGAUGAAAUCUGACAACCUGGCAGAUCUUCCAGAUAUCUCUGAGAGUGCCAUUCUUAAAGAAAUCCAGAAAAGGUUUACUGCUGGACAGAUCUAUACCCACAUAGGUGAUAUUCUGAUUGCAGUUAAUCCAUUUCAAGAUCUUCAAAUUUAUUCCAAAGAGGUGUCACAAAAGUACCACUGUAAGAGUUCUGUUCCCUUGCCCCCACAUGUGUAUGGUGUAGCAGAGAAAGCCUACAGAUGUCUGCUGUCAACCAGUACCUCACAGUGUUGUGUCAUUUCUGGAGAAAGUGGUGCUGGUAAAACAGAGACCUGUAAAUUCCUGGUACAGCACCUGGUGUGUAUCGCAGGAAGUGAGGAGAGCAGCCUCAGAAACAAGAUAUCACAGGUAAAUCCUUUGUUAGAAGCAUUUGGAAAUGCCAAAACUGUGGUCAACUCUAACUCCAGCCGAUUUGCCAAGUUCAUGCAGCUGAGUUUCAAUGGAAAAGGAAAAAUUGUGGGAGCUAACCUGACAGAAUUCCUGCUGGAGAAGUCCCGAGUGGUGUUCCAGGGGGAGGGAGAGCUAAACUACCACAUCUUCUACUGGCUGUUCUCAGGAAUGUCACCAGAGGAAGCCAACCUGUAUCAGCUCAGGGACAUCUCUAAACACAGAUACCUGGCACAGAAGGGCUUGGACAUGAAAAGUCUGAUAAACACAACCAAUAAAGAAAAGUUCUGGGAACUCAAACAGUGUCUGCAGUUUGUAGGAUUUACAACUGAUGAUAUCCAGAAUAUUCUCCAGCUCCUAGCAGCUCUUCUCCAUCUUGGUGAUGUCACAUUUGGUAGUCAUGGAAACCAUGAUGCUGCUGUAGUGUCCAAUCAAGACAAGCUAAAUCUAG